GUAACAUAGUAAAUUGAGAGUCAAGUGAGAAUUUGGUGCAUCAAAACUGUUCCUUUUCACGAAGAAAACCUUUGCCAAUGCGCACCAUCCAACAAGGUCUUGAAGAAGUGAGGUUGACAUCAGUUGGUUAAAAAAGAAGUUCUAAAUCGAUGCAUUCUUGUAUACAGCCAGUAAUAGACCAGAGAUGGGGAACCAAGAUGAAGUUCGUACGCUUCUCCUGUCGUUACUAAUCGCAAGGAAAGGUGCGACACCUGUACCUGUUCUUGAGAGGGAUUACUAUGAAAUGGAGAAUAAACGUAUACCAUAUCGUAAAUUUGGUUGUAACAAUUUAGUACAAUUUCUCCAAAGCAUGCCGGAGCAUUUCGUUGUUGAAGAGUUUAACGGCGGUCACUACGUACGCGGGAUAGCGGACAAAAGUAAGCAUGUGAGUUCGUUGGUGUCACGUCAAAAAACUUCCUCCAACAACUUAAGAACCAAAUAUCCGUCUCGUCAAGCUCCUACAUUCAAUCGUCGCAUUCAGCAUACAAGGUUUCAACAAUUUAGAAUCACAACUGAGAAUUUAAUUAAGCUUGUUCAAUAUAUCAAAAAGCAUCCAAAAGGUGUGAGUUUGCAGAAUGCUGUGCUAUACGCACAGAAGCUAAUGCCGCAUGUUUCUAUCUCUCAAUAUGAUUUACAAACGCAACUGUAUGAAGUAAUGCAUCAGUUGCGCCUGGAUGGCAACAUGAUAUAUGCGAUCCAGAAUGAUUUGCAAAGUAACGUAACCCAGCAGCCAAAUAACCAACAACCUUUAACGGAAGAGUUUUCAAUGCAGUUAUGCAACAAACCUGAGUUACCGAGCGAUUCAAUCUCACUUCCGACACAACAAACUGAAUAUGCUGCUGGACAAGAAGACUUCGAAUUGGUAGAGUGUUUUAGUGAUGAAGAUGCUUUCAUGCCGCUCUGUAACAAUACCGAUAACUGCCAGAGACGUCUAACAACAAGCGAGAUGCUCGCGACAAAUCUUGCACAGUACGUAAAAUCCGAACAAACUGACAUGUUCAAUUACAGCAAGAUCCCAAAUGAAACCUUAGAAAAUUACUACUUUAUGAUGAAUAGCAACUAUACGGAAACGAGGGCUACUGAAUGUCCACAAGACAAAUCCGACAUAGUAAGCGAUAGAAUAAAGGCUCGAUUGGAGAAGUUAUUGCAAAAAUAUCCGGAAGGCAUCUGGUGUGCUGAUCUGCCCAACACAUAUCUUGAAGAAUAUAAGGUGCAUCUGAAUUAUAACAAGCUGGGUUUCACAAGUGUACGUGAAUUUACGUCUUACCUGCCGAAAAUUUUCUACAUGACGCAAGUUAACAAGACUGAUGACUUUAAGUUAUAUAGUGCGGAUAAGAGGCCAGUAGUUCCAAAAACGGAUCCUAUUAAUGAAACAUCGCAUGACCACCGAUACGACGAACACAGAACAGCACAAUACAAUAAUGAUUCUGACGAUGAGCCAAUCCCAUCAGAUGUUUCGCCUACCAUUACCAAGAAGUUCGCUCCCGACGAUGUAAUGAAUUAUGGCGAUGGUAUAGGCAAUAUACUAGUAACUGAUUUAAAACGCACCAAAAAAUUCUUAGAGGUAUAUGUUAUGGAAGUGUUUAAUCCAAGCUUUUUCUGGAUACAUCUCCGAGAAAACAGAAAACGAUUUAAUAAAAUGAUGGAGGAAUUACAUGCUUUCUAUGUAUGUAACAAAGAUAAAUAUACCAUUGCAAGAGUCGCUUUGAAAAAGGACUUGAAUUGUGCAUGCGUUUACGAUAAGAAGUGGCAUCGAGCAAUCAUUAAGAGUGUAAAGCCAGAUUUCAGAGUAACGGUAUGUUUUUAUGAUUACGGUACUGUGAAGACAUAUGCAGCUGAAGAUAUAUAUUAUUUGCAUUCAAAGUUUUCCACUUUGCCCGCCCAAGCAAUACCUUGCAGUUUAUAUAAUGUUAAACCAACUGUUGGUGAUCGUUGGAAGAAGAGCGCAAAUGAUCAAUUCAUCGACAAAAUCAAUGAGACUCUUCUAGCUGCAACUAUAAUUACUGUUGAUCCUCCGAACAAUUCCAUGUUGGUCAUUUUGACUGAUACAAGCGAAGAUGAGGAUGUGUGUAUAAACGAUUGGUUAGUGAAAGAGAAACUAGCGCAAGUUGGUAAAACGGUGCGUAUAAAUGACAUAAAAAAUUAUCUGAUGCUCGAUUUCGACUCUGCUCCGUCUAUCAGGAUAUCCGAUACAAGACGCGAAGACAAUGUAAAUAAACCGCGACACUGUAGAGAUCAAUCGAUAUUGCAUGAUGAAAGAACGCAUGUAUUAUCCGAUGUAAAAAGCGAAGAUAUUGAAAAGAAAACUGUUAAGUCCUCCCAUAACAUUCACUGUAAAAAAAAGGCCCUGCAGUUAUUGAAUAAAUCUCCGGAUGCUAAGUCUUUGCAUAUUAAAUCUCCAUCCGUUAAAUCUACGCCUACUAAAUCUCUGGAUGCUAAAUCUCCAAAUACAUCGUUGGAUACUAAUUCUUCGGAUACUAAGUCACUGGAUGCUAAAUUGCAGUCGAAUAAUUCAUCAUAUUCACAAAAUGGGAGAUCGAAGACGUCUAAAGAAUUAGAACUUAUUUCAGCGUUAAAAAAAUUAGAAAAAUCAAAGCUUAAUGGAAUAUCCAGGUUAAAUCCGAACAUUUUUAUAUCCGAGGUAAAUACGGAUAACGAAAAUAAUGUAAGACAAAUCGAUUCAAGCAAGCAAAAAGAAUCGCAGUAUAGCAGUGAAAAUUGUUACGGUUUUAUGGACUUCGAUUUAAGAAAUUCCGACGAUGAAGAUGGUCAGAAUGAUUUUGGGACGUUUAGGAGUUUAUAUGGUGGACAUGGCUUAAUGGAACCUAUUGAUUGGUCAGUAAUAAGGGAGGAGAAUAGAACUGUUACACCAAUGAGAGAGUGUAAGAGCGAUGUAGAAGAUAAACCAGGAUCGCAUAAUCAGAAAAAUGAAUUACAGAGAAAUAAAUUACCUGGAAAACAGUAUUUUUUAGACUUGACUUCCUUGGAAAAGGAAAAUUUUUUACCUGAAGAUAACAUUGAUUCUGAUGUUGAAAAUGCAUCUGAUUUUUUAGAUAUACUGAAAUAUAAUACAGUAUCUAACCAUACUGUCACAGUAAUGUUUACACCAAACGUAAAACUCAAGACUUUGCUUAAUAGUAGAUCUGAAGAUACGAAUUCCAGCAUAAAUAUUGUUGAGCACAAUGACAUGGCUUCUUCAAAGGAUCAGAAGGUAGACAGAAAUGGCAAAGUCUGCAAUGGCAAAGUAAGAUCUGAUGAGAAAGUAAGGGACAGAGAUUCCAAUACAGAUUCAGAGUCUAAUACAUCUAAUAAUAAAGAUAAUAUAAAUAGAGAAAUGUCUGAAUGCAGCUCAAAUAAUUCCGUUCAGUCCAACACAAAUAAUAAAGCGUAUCCUUUCAAGACGUUAUUGGAGAAAAUAAAGCAGAUGGAUUCAAUGAACUCCAGUUUCAUUAACACAAGCGAAUCUUCCAGCAGCGAACAAAUUCCAUUGUCAUCUUACAGUAGUAAUACAUCCGAUGAUACUAUUAUUUCAUCGUACGAUGAACAAGUUAAGGCAUCUAAUGUGAUGGACCCGGAUACUGUCACGAUAGUUAAAGAGCCCGCAUCUGAGAAGUUGACAGUUGAAUCACAUAGUAAUUCCGAAGGAACAAGAGAUCUUUCAUCCUUGGAAACAGAUUCUAUUGCUUCUUCUAACGUUAAUGACACAAAGCAGCGUCGGUUGAAUCAGUCUAUGGAAAAUGAUUCUGCUGCUUCUUCUAAUGCUGAUAACACAAAACAACAUCAGUUGAAUCAGUCUUCCGAUUUUGUCACUCCAUCCUGUGACAUUAAUGGUUCGAAUCAAUUGACUACAAUACAUCAAACGUUGGACGUUUCGAAACUAAUGCAACAGAUGUUAAAGAUUGCGCAAAAUAUAGAGAAUAAUUCUGAAUUGGAUUCUGACGAUCUAAGCCAAGAAAGCCUCAAAGAUGACAAAAGUGACGAAAGUAAGAGGAAUCAUAUAUCGGAUUAUAUGUCUGAAACGGACGAAUCAAUGAAUGAUGAUGCAAAUAUGAGCGAAAAAGCAUUUACUGUGUCGAACGACUGCAAUGUAGCAUUUGAUGACAGUGAAUGGGAUGCAGGUGCAGAUCCUGACUUUCUUAUUUAUUUCGCAGAAAUAUUGAAACAAGAUGCCGUUGACAUGGCGAGCUUAAUGAAGUAUGUGGUAAACAAUUUGAAUCAAAUACCGUCGUAUUGCUUUGCGGAGGAGAGCCUGAUGCCCGAGAACUGCUACAAAGCCACAUUGACAGAGGAAAAACACGAAGUACCUUCAGUCUCAUCCGGACCGACGCUUCCACAUUACGAUAGUCAAUAUCAACAACAGCCAGUGAAACCGCCGCCAGGUUUUCAGCCUCUCGGCGAACAACACAUUCCGUCUAAUGCCUCAACAAGGAGUUUCCAGAAUAGUUAUUCCUUUGCAAAUGUAAACGCAUCGAACACGAAGGCGUCUGUCUUCAGCGAUGCGCAGGCGACAACGAAUCCGUUUCUGACUGAUGAACAAUUCAUUCCUAGUGAUGUCGUCGAACAGUUAUACGUGACAAUCUGGAAUGAGAAUAAAAAGUUGCAUAUUGGGAUAAAUGAAAUUCUCUGUGAUAUGCUAAAACAUUCAUCACUCUCAUUGCAGAAUCAGAUUCAGUUAAAUAAGAUUUUGAAGAUUGUUAAAAAGAUUUUAUUAGAACAAAAAGAUGAUUGUUCCACUGUCGAGAAAACUCCGACAGUAUCUAAUCUUGCAAGUAGAACGACAUUGAACGAUGUUGAUUCAGCACAGAAAGCAUCGUAUAAUUUAAACAAUGAAACUGCUGCGAAUCAGGAGCCUAAUGUAAAUAUUUCCUCGAUGUCUAAUCCGUUUGGCAUAAACGUCGAUGACAGACUACAGAAUAAAACUACAUUUCCUACUUACGGUUCAGACAGUUUCCCCUUUAAAAAUAACUGGAAUCAAUCUGACGAGCUCAAUCCGUGUAUGAAAAUACCUCCUUCAACAGUAAAUCCCACACCUUCAAUGUUUAUUAAUCAUGUACUACCAACCAUUCCUUUCCUUCCAAAAGCCAAUCAGGAUACCGAAAAUGUUCCCUUGACGCCGGUAUCUCCUGCGGCACCAACGAAUACUAAUAGCUUCAAUAAUUUCUCAGAAUACCUAAAUAAUAUGAACCCCCAGUUUACCAGUAUGCUUAAAGAUACAAAUCCCUUCAAGUUUUCCGUGACUGAUGUUUCCGGAACGCAAGUACCAGAAACGCAGACUGAACGAACGAAUAAUAAUUACGAUACAGAUAUCUCGUCGUAUCUCUCAACUAAAAAUCUACAAAGCAAUACUUUAAGAACAGAAACUGCGAAUAUUCAUGCGAGGAACAAUGGCUUUACGUCUGUCAGCAACCUGGGACAUGUCAGUGAAAGUUACACUCCGAGAAUCGUUUACGAAUCCGAUCCGGUAAUGUAUAAUACACAGAAGAAGCAAACAGACGUAAAUGUAAAUACAAAUGUAAGGCAGAACGCAUGUAGUAGCAAUUUUGAUAAUAUUCAAAACGCUCAGUCUCUUAAAUUAGAACAAAGCAAUAAAAAACUUGCAUCUCAAGUUUCACAGCCUGCAAAAGAUAUUGCUUCUUCACACACACAGCAUGUAAUAAAUAACAAUAUAAGAGAUUUGCAGAGUGAUGAGAACUAUGUUACUCGACUAUCGACAUAUUACAUGCAAGGUUCACAGUCGAUAAAUGGCGAAUCGAUUUAUUCCUACCAAAACAGUAAAGCGGACAAUUUGCAAACUGUAUCGUCGCAGUCUUGGAAUCAAUUCGACAUUCCAGAACAUUUGACUAAUUCGAAGUUCCAAAGCAGCAUUUCUUUAUUGAAUAGCAGCAAGAACACACCGAUUAUUUUAUCUCACCAAGAUUGGAACUGUGAUAAUGAUAGAAAAUCAAGAUCUCGAAAGAAUGAAGUAACCAAUUCGAGUAAUAUUUUUAAAGUUAAUGAUGGUUAUGACAAAGAGGGAUCAACAGAUAUCUACGCGAAUUCCUGGUACAACAAUGAGAAGGGAUCUGUGCAGAACAAGAAUGCGGCUUUUAGUCCUUUUGUAUUUCAUAAAAUUGAUUCAGUUGAAGGCAUAACGUUUAUAUUUAAUUUCGAACAGGACGGUUGGAUAUUGACAAAUGAGUUUAUAGAAGCCUUUACGAGUUACAAGUUGCUCUCUCGUUUGUUGACCAAGAUAGACAUGUUGAAUAUAAAAGUUACUUUCAAAGAAAUCCUAAGAUCUCAGUAUCCAAUACAAUUUUCACAAUUAGACAAAUAUCCUCUAAACGUUCCUCGUGAUUCUGAGAAACACAUUCUCUCUAUUAAUUUGAUCUCGUUCCAAACCACAUUGGCAUUAUUGCACAAAUUGAAGAUAAUUUCGCGAGAUGAAAUAGAUAAUGCUUUUAAGAAGAAUGAGUUUUUGGAUGGUUCUGUUCUACGUACUUUCUGGACUUUGAUCCUCACUUACCGCAAACUGAAACAACAUAUUGAACUAUAUUCGAAUGAAUUUUUUAUACAUAAAUAUGUUCUCAGCGAAAGUUCUUUCAAAGACGGGAUAUCUCGCGAUUUUAUUCUCGAUAGCUCGAUAUAUCUUCAAUUCUUCAACAUGGCGUCCAGCAGACGAUUGUAA